AUGCCCAUAUUCACUCUCCCGAUUCUUUCAGGAUGCGUGUUGCUAAACCUCGUUGCUUGCGCCCUGGCUGAAUCAGAUACCUGUAAACAGAUCGUUGCAUCUACAAAGAUACAACACCACCAGGGUCUUGACAUAGAUUACACGCAGGAACAACAGAACUACUGGUCAACUGCUUGCGGCAACCUCAAGCCCGGUUGCAUACUCGUCCCGACGAGUGCGAAAGAGGUCUCCUCGAUAGUCAAGGCGUUGCAAAACAACAGCGAGCAGUUUGCGAUAAAGUCGGGCGGCCACAACCCAAACAACUACUUUUCCAGCGUCCAGGAUGGUCCCUUGAUUUCGACCAAGGGGUUAAACGAAGUAAAGUACGACAAGGCGAGCAACACUGUCAGUGUCGGGCCGGGAAACAAAUGGGAAGACGUCCACAACGCUCUGGACGGGACGGGAGUCACCGUUGUGGGCGGCCGCAUUGGAAAUGUGGGCGUGGGAGGUUAUUUGGUUGGAGGUGCUUCCCAGCAAGAACCCGAGCCAGAUCAGCACUGA